CGGCUGUGGGUGACGUCACUAACGUCCAUGUUCUGUACCGUUUAUGCUAAUGAGGAGCUGCAGAGUACAUAAUGAGCCCAGACUACGUGACGACAGGCAUUGUAUCCGACCACAUAGGUAUUAAAGAUGAGGAUCUGAUUCAGAGGGGGGCAGCUGCGGGUCUUUUCAGAGAGUCCGACGAUGUUUAAGAAAUUUCCCUCCAUCAAACUUCACAGCGAACAAUGCAGCCACACUACACCUGACAGGUGGAGAUGAUGGAGGGACUGCAGGAUGGAGCAGCCGGGUUGUGUUUCUGCUCUGCUGCACGGAGACCAGAACAAGAGCUGGAGCUGGAGCUGCUGCUGCUGCUGCAGGCUGCAAAUGAAUGCCCCAAAAAUGAAGAGCUGCCUGGUGCUUUCUUCUUCCUCUUCUUCUUUCACCAAGUGCAUCCUGCGGAGGCUCUCUGACCCCGGAUGGCGCGGAUUUAUCUGCCUUUUUUCCCCAUCACAUAAAGUUCUUCGGACCCAGCCCCAGCGUCUCCAAUCGGCUUCCCUCUUGGAGAGAGUGGACCAAUCAGCGACAGUCUUCGAUGAAUAUUCAUGAGUCCGAGAUUCAAACCUUUGAGCGAGUUUGUCUUGGUCCACAGCAUCAUACCUAGGACUUUUCACAGGCACAAACUACAUUUUCUUAUGAAUGGAAAGAGAAAAAAUCAGUUUGGCUUAAAUUGGGACCCAUCCUUCACUGAGAUCAUAGAAGGAAAACAACAAAAGCAAGACAAGGGGAACAGCGAGAAGAGAUGACAAUGACUACGAUUCCAGAAAGUCUUAAUAGCCCUGCCUCAGGAAAAGCCGUUUUCAUGGAGUUUGGACCCCCGAGUCAACAAAUGUCGCCUUCCUCCAUGUCUCACGGACACUAUCCCAUGCACUGUUUACAUUCUGCAGGUCAUACCCAGCACGACAGCUACAGUCCAGCCACAUCGUUCCCCAGAUCUCUGGGUUACCCAUACGUAAACUCCGUCGGCAGCCAUUCCACCAGUCCAUAUCUCAGCACAGUACAGACGUACCAAAACAGCCCGGCACUCGCACAGACGCGGUUAGAGGACACAGCGCCAGAAACGGAGAAAAACACGGUGGUCGAAGGCGGAGAGGUGCGUUUCAACGGGAAAGGGAAGAAGAUCAGAAAACCAAGGACUAUCUAUUCCAGUUUACAGCUUCAAGCUCUGAACAGGAGAUUUCAACAGACUCAAUAUUUGGCGUUACCGGAGAGAGCAGAGCUGGCAGCGUCGCUGGGACUCACUCAGACACAGGUGAAGAUUUGGUUUCAGAAUAAAAGAUCUAAAUUCAAGAAACUGAUGAAGCAAGGCGGUGGCACUAUUGACGCCAAUGCUUUAGCCACUGGCCGCGGACUGUCGAGCGGUUCUCCCUCGGUGGCACCUGUCUGGAGCUCGCCGACCACCGUGAAGACUUCAGUGGGGACGACCGGAUCUUACAUUCCCAGCUACACCUCAUGGUAUCCAACCACACACCAAGAGUCUAUGCAACAGUCACAGCUCAUGUGAAGAGAGACCUCAGCUCACACACACACCUCCUUCUCCUUCUCACACACUCACUGCGACUCUGCUUCGAGUAUCAGGACGUUUUGAAGGAGCCUGCAGCACUGAUAAUACACAACAACAACAACAACAACAACAACAACAACAACAACGACGACGAAGACAAGACAUCCCGGAGUUUGCUGCCGCAUGCCGCCAGCUGACACAGCGGCCUCCUCAUACCGGAUGACGGCACACAAGGGAUUGAAAGACCGAGAAGGCACACAAUGCGCCCAAGGGCAACAAAGUCCAUGACAGUCAGCGGAAACCGUCGACAAAUGGAUCCUUUUAUUGGCUGCUGUUUAUCACUUUUGUGUCAGUUUCUAAUUUUUUUUUAAAGUCAUAUUUGUGUGAGUUAUUCUCGUUUAUAUAUAUAUAAAUAUCUAUAUAUAUAAAAACACGUGUUUGUUUACACCACAUGUCGGGACCCAAGUUGUUGAUGAUGAUGAUGACCCAAAAAUUAACAGUUAAAAAGGUGGAUUAACCAAAUAUUAUUAUUAAUAAUUAACAAAUCCCACUGAUAGAUAACCAUCAGGCCAUUAUGCUUCAUGCAUAAUGUGCAAAAGCCUCAACCUGCUACUAUGUUGUUUCUAUGUGUUUGUUAUUUAAGUUAUUUUUCUGUUGUUGAGGUCAGUCUGUGUUCUGUUUUUUUUUCUUCUGUUUUUUUUGAAACAACAACACUGUGUUGUUUAAUGCUGCACUAACGCAAGCAAAGCUUUUUUCUAUGCCGUGCCCCGAUGUUAUGUGAAAAAAUGUAAAAGGCCUGACAGUUUGCUGCUUUUGGAAAACAAACAAACAAAACAACAAAAA